GCUCGUUCCACUAUCGGGGCACAUCGCCAGUUGAUCGGCCGCCGCGGCACAGUGCUCUCACUCAGGCGGGGACUCUUUGAAGGACUGCCGACGCGUCCAGAAAUGAUUUUUUCCCCCCCUGGCGGAUUUUCUUGGACUCCGCUCGAGAAGAUGCUCGUCCCGCUGCUCUCUCUGCUGCUGGGUCUGCCCGGAGCAGCGGGGCCGGCACCGGACAGGAGCUGCGCCGACCUGCGCCAGUUCUACACCGGGAAGGGCUUCACCCUGGCCGGAGUACCUCAAACGGAGACCACCGGUGAACAUCUGAGGAUCUGUCCCCAAGGUCCAACGUGUUGUACUAACAGAAUGGAGGAAAACCUGGAGGGUCUAAGUGCACGAGAGACAGAGGCGCUGAUCAGGGAGGCCGGCAGGUCACUGCAGUCUGCCUUCAACACUCUCUAUAGAAGCUUUGACACCUAUUUCACUGAACUUCACCGUCGCUCUGAACGCUCCCUCCAGGAGGCGCUAUCUCCCCUUGGUGCCCUGUACUCCCAGAAUACAAGACUCUAUGGUGAUUUGUACUCCGACUUGAAACGGUACUACCGCGGCUCUGCUCUUAAUUUGGAUGACACUUUGACUGAAUUCUGGUCACACCUUCUGGAACGCACCUUUAAAAGCUCCACCCCCAGAGAUGUCACCCUGUCCGAGGACUACCUUGAGUGUGUUGCUAAGCAACAGGAGACCUUGCGACCAUUCGGAGACAUCCCCCGGGAUAUGAAAGCAAAGGUUAUACGGGCUUUUGUCACAGCCAGGUCAUUUGUCCAGGGCCUGAUCAUCAGUGGGGAGGUUGUCAGAAAGGUUUCACAGGUUUCUCUGAGUCCAGAAUGUUUUAAGGCCUUAACGAAGCUGGUUUAUUGCCCGCACUGUCGCGGCCUUGCCUCUGUCAAACCAUGUGCCAACUACUGCUCCAACGUUAUGAAGGGCUGCCUCGCAAACCAAGCUGAUCUGAACCCCGAGUGGCAGAAUCUUAUAGAUACCAUGAUCCAGGUGGCAUCUAGUUUCAGCACAGAGCCCAGCCUCGAUGUGGUUUUGUCAUCCAUCCCCGCUCAGAUCUUUGAGGGGGUUCGCUUGCUCAAGGAAAACAUUGACACCUUUUCAGCCAAAUUGUACCAAACAUGUGGAAGUCCAGUUGAGCCAGGCACAGGAAGCCCGACGCUUGACGAGCCAAAGAGAACGAAAAGCGUCUCUCUGACUGCUUCAGAAUACAAACCCUCUCCCGCUGCGGGCCUCGGACUCGAGAUGCAGGUGUCAGAUCUCUCCAGUAAAUUAAGGGAAAGGAGGCAAUAUUGGCUCCAGCUUCCCAUAGCACUUUGCAGCAAAUUGGCAGCAGGUGGCGCCAACAAGGAUAAAUGCUGGAAUGGCAUUACCAAAGCCAGAUACCUUCCCGAGGUGAUGGGGGAUGGCUUGGCCAACCAGAUCAACAAUCCAGAGGUGGAGCUUGACAUCACCAAGCCAGACAUGACGAUCCGGCAACAAAUUAUGCAACUAAAAAUUAUGAGCAACAGGCUAAAGAAUGCCAUGGAUGGGAAUGAUGUGGAUUUCCAGGAUGCGAGUGAUGACAUCAGCGGCUCGGGAAGUGGUACGUGCCAAAGUGGUCAGUGUCCUCAAAGCAGACCAGGACUGUACGCCUACCCUCAAGACAACGAACAAGUCACAGGUGCAACCACAUGUCCAAGUUGUCCGUCUCGCCUCCUAUCGCUGCUCCCACUAGCUGUCCUGCUACUUUUUUGUCGAUGAUGCUCUGCCUUCUGCCAGACUCUGAAGCCCAGAGAAAAACUAGCUCAUCGGCUAGAGUAAAGUGGAGGGCACAUUGGAUGAACUUUGCCAAUUAUGAAAAGAAAGUUUUAGGAAUGAUUUUGUGAAGAGGAACAAAAACUGGCAGUAACAACAGUCUUUGUUUGGUUUUGCUGUGUUCUACUAUAGUUUGAUUGCAUUUGUUGAGCUGGUUUCAAUGAAUUCCAAGGAAGAGGAUGAAGAAGACAAUGAGGCAAGAUUUACAACAAAGAUGACUGACGAUGAAAAAUCAAGUGAAUGUUCACAAUUAUGAUUUAUUGACUUCCUCCAAGGUCCAUUGUGCUCCACUCACCAGGAACUGAGCUUGGUGACAAAUGCUGUGGUUACGUGGUGCAUUCAAGGCUUUUUCAUUUGAUUUUGUUUUUAUUGUACAACCCCAAUUCUAAUGAAGCUGGGAUGUUGUGUUAAACAUAAAUAAAAACAGAAUACAAUGAUUUGCAAAUCAUGUUCAACCUAUAUUUAAUGGAAUACUCUACAAAGAUAUUUAAUAUACAUACUGAUAAACUUUAUUGUUUUUAGCAAAUAAUCAUGAACUUAGAAUUUUAUGGAUGCAACACGUUCCAAAAAAGCUGUGGCAGGUGGCAAAAAAGACUGACAAAGUUGAGGAAUGCUCAUCAAACACCUGUUUGGAACAUCCCAAGGUGAACAGGCUAAUUGGGAACAGGUGGGUGCCAUGAUUGGGUAUAAAAGGAGCUUCCCUGAAUUGCUCAGUCAUUCACAAGCAAAGAUGGGGUGAGGUUCAUAGUGCAUGAGAAAAUAGUCGAACAGUUUAAGGACAAUGUUCCUCAACGUACAAUUGCAAGGAAUUUAGGGAUUUCAUCAUCUACGGUCCAUAAUAUCAUCAAAAGGUUCAGAGAAUCUGGAGAAAUCACUGCAUGUAAGCGGCAAGACCGAAAACCAUCAUUGAAUGCCCGUGACCUUCGAUCCUUCAGGCGGCACUGCAUCAAAAACCGACAUCAAUGUGUAAAGGAUAUCACCCUCAUGGGCUCAGGAACACUUCAGAAAACCAACGUCAGUAAAUACAGUUCGGCGCUACAUCCUGUAAGUGCAACUUGAAACUCUACUAUGCAAAGCAAAAGCCAUUUAUCAACUAACACCCAGAAACGCCGCCGGCUUCUCUGGCCCCGAGCUCAUCGAAGAUGGACUGAUGAAAAGUGGAAAAGUGUUCUGUGGUCCGACGAGUCCACAUUUCAAAUUAUUUUUGGAAACUGUGGACGUCAUGUCCUCCGGGCCAAAGAGGAAAAGAACCAUCCAGACUGUUAUGGACGCAAAGUUCAAAAGCCACCAUCUGUGAUGGUAUGGGGCUGUGUUAGUGCCAAUGGCAUGUGUAACUUACACAUCUGUGAAGGCACCAUUAAUGCUGAAAGGUACAUACAGGUUUUGGAGAAACAUAUGAUGCCAUCCAAGCAACGUCUUUUUCAUGGACGCCCCUGCUUAUUUUAUUUCAGCAAGACAAUGUCAUACCACAUUCUUCACGUGUUACAACUGCGUGACUUCGUAGUAAAAGAGUGCGGGUACUAGAGUGGCCUGCCUGCAGUCCAGACCUGUUUCCCAAUGAAAAUGUGUGGCGCAUUAUGAAGCGUAAAACACGACAACGGAGACCUCGGACUGUUGAACGGCUGAAGCUGUACAUCAAGCAAGAAUGGGAAAGAAUUCCACCUACAAAGCUUCAACAAUUAGUGUCCUCAGUUCCCAAACGUUUAUUGAAUGUUGUUAAAAGAAAAGAUGAUGCAACACAGUCGUACACAUGAGCCUGUCCCGGCGUUUUUGGAUCGUAUUGCAGCCAUAAAAUCCUAAAUUAAUGAUUAUUUGCUAAAAACAGUCAAGUUUAUCAGUUUGAACAUUAAAUAUCUUCUCUUUGUAGUGUAUUCAAUUAAAUAUAGGUUGAACAUGAUUUGCAAAUCAUUCUAUUCUAUUUUUAUUUAUGUUUAACACAACGUCCCAACUUCAUUGGAAUUGGAGUUGUAUUAUAUAUUUAUUUUAUCUGGUGAUGAUGGUGUUUACUUAAAUAACAUUGUGUAAGAUGUAAAUUUCUGUAUAGCCAGUAUGCCUUAUGCUUGCAUACAGUACAUUGGAAACAAGACGGGCACCAUGGAUGUACAUUUAUAGGUUAAUACUAGAAAUGAAUCCCCUAUAACCUGUGAUGUAAUUGUCAAGAUUUCGUGGUGUGUGUUGGCUUAACAAAUAUUUGGUAGGAUUUGUUUUGGAUUCCAGAACAAUGAUCCCCCUCCUUAAAUGUACGAAAUGUUGCGAUUGCAAAUGUUACUGUUUGAAUCACCUUUGAAAUAAGCAGUCGACACCAAAAUCCAUAAACAAAGCACAGACUAGCAAUUUCCUGGAAUCUAUGAUUUUAUUUGGCUGUUAUUACAGCAAACGUCACAUUAUUCUUCCACUUAGUUACCACACUGAGCGCAUGUCACAACACACAACUCAAGAGGGUUUUUUUUCAUUGAAUGCACACGUGUGUUAAUCCACCGAUCCAUAUGAUGUUUUACAAGUAGAAGCGACACAUCAGGAUUAGCUGGAGGAUAAGGGCACAGCAAAGUAUUUCUUCCUUUAAAAAAAUAAAAUAAAAUAAAAAAAUAACUUGACUAAAAAGAGAUUAUGUUCCAUACUUGUAACCACAUGUUUGAGCAGAACGCCAGCAGUGGAAAGCCUCAAAGUUCCUAUCAUCAAUGGUAAAGAGUUUAGACUGGAUUAAAUAAAACAGAUCAUUAGAGUCAUUGCUGGAAGAUAUUUUCCCGUGAUGCAGAGCAAGAAAAAAAAGGGACAAUAAUAAUAAUAAUCUGUGCAGGACCAAAUAAAACAAAUAAUUAUUGUACAACUAAAGCUUUCUGAACACAUAACUGCAUCUUUUUUCUUUUCUUUUACACACAUUGCCCUUCAUGUUGUAUC